AAUGUACAGCUUACAGAAGAAGAAGAAGAAAAAAAAAAAAAAAACGGUGGGAAAUUUGACAGUGCGCGAAAGAUUGUUGUUCAUCGAUGUUAAUUGUGAAAUUACUAUUGUUUACACGGCAUGGACCGGUACGUGUUGGUUAUAUCCCUUAGCCAAACUGAUGAUGACCUGUCGGAGGAAUAUGAAUGUCUGGAGCCAGUAAAGCAGAUAUAUGACAGACUUGUGGACAUCUCAACUCAGGAAUCAGUGAGAGGGAUCUCUGUGUUUCCAGCUUGUUCUCUCAGUGGCAGCCCAUCAGUUCAGAGGUGGUACUUUGCUGUUCAGGCUUGCCAAAGAGUAACGCAGUUUUGCAGCUCAGACUGGGAAGAGCUGGGGACAGGCCAUCAGAAAACUGACAGUGAGGAGGAGAAGCCCACGGCUGUGGAGUCAUGUCUCAGUUCUCUGAGUAAUCAGGAGGCCCCGGACCAAAAGGCUGACCAGCCAGCAAUGACAGAGCUGUUAGAGGAGGCUUCAGAAGGACUGCAUUUACUGUCAGACAAGCUACCACCUCCAGGUAAAGCCUUGUUGGACGUGCUGGUGUUGGGCUCUGCAGAGCAGUCCCCUCCUAUUAAAGACCUGCUGCCUCUGCUGGGAGCAGUCAAACAUAUGUCCUGCUGGCAUGCUGCUAAGAUCACUGUAGUCACACAGCACACAACUGGAUGGCAGAAAGUAGCGUCCUACCUGAGUGCCGGUCUGGUGGAUCCUGCUGACCUAGACAACUAUAUUGACCAUAGAGAACUAUGGAGGGGCGGCCUGGUUAUCAGAGAGAAGAAGUAUGUGUCGGAGCUCCGUUUCGAAGGCUUUUCUCUGCGCUCUUCAGUGCAUCACAUAUCAGGGUCCAGUCUGUUGCAAGCUCCCUACACCACUACAGAUCACAAACUACAGUCUGAGGUCUUCCAUUACUACGCACCAGUUUUAGAUUUGGUUCAGCUGGUUAAUCUGUCAGACCUGCCCAGCUUUCUGAUGUCCAGAACCCAGUUUGAACUAAGCCUGUCUAGGAAGUCGAUGAAAGCUAAACUUCUGUUGGACCAGCUGAGGUCCCUGCGUGGAAAGGUUGGAGCAUUGUUCAGCCUGUCCUGUAUAAUCACCCCCAUCGCCCAGCCCGCAGCCAGCCAACUCAGCUCUCAGCGCUGGAGAGAGUCUAUAGCCAGGAGACCAAAGUCCUUACCUGUGCCUGACGUAGAGGUGAAAGGUGAGAGCGCUCACUACUUCCUGUUGGUCCAGGGCUCAGAUGAUAUUGGUUGUGGCGCCUGCAGGGUGAAGAUGUUGCACUCAGACAGUCAAAUCAAUGGAGCGGCUGCCAUGGCAACUGUCUCCGGGUUACUGAGAGAGAAGUCUCUGUCAUCAUCAGGAGGAGCUGUAGGCAACAUCCUCUGCCCUCUGCCCUGUCUCCAAGGAGACGGUCUGCUGAAGAGAGAGAGGAAGGUGACCCAGGUCCAGACACUGGUGCUCAAAGAAUAUCUCAGACAGAAGGAAGAAGCAUCGGCCCCAACCUCAAUACCUGUCAAUGACUUGAAGGUCAUUCUGAGUCUGGCCAGGGAGCAGUAUCUGAAGAUUAUUGACUCCACUCUGCCUUCUGCUGCCACCUGUCUGACAGAUGAGCAGGAGGGCACAGCGGCCAAGAACUCGGGCUUUCAGACCGCUUCCCAUCUGCAAGCUGACUGGCCUGAGAGGAGCGUCCUCCAAAACAUGGAGAACCUGCAGAGGAGACGACAGAAGAGGAGGUUUUUAGGUCCUGGCUCGAGUGACAGUCUGCUGGGUCCUAAAGACAGUCAAAAGGGCUCUUCUGCUUUACUGGACGCCAGAGAACUUCUAAAACACUUCACAUCUGAUGGCCUGCCUACUGCAGAGCUGCAACCACUGGUUAUCAACAGAGGUUAUAAUGUGUUUCAGUUGUCAUCAGACCUUUCUCCCAGGAGAGUCAGCCAGAUGCCCUUCAACAAAGCCUCUGCCUCGCAUUACCAUGGCAUAGAGUUCUGCCUUGACAACCAGCGGUCCUUGGACCGGGACCAGGCCUUUGUAAAACUCCAGUCCCGUCUGAUUCGGUACGAGACCCAAACCACCUGCUCCAAGGAGCCUUGUGCCCUCCCCUUCGCCCUCAGCCCCGCCCCCUCCCCUGCUGUGAUAUCAGAACCAGGAAGUGUGCCUGACGGAGAGACUCUGCAGAACGCUGAUGUAGCACGACUCAAGCGCAAGUCAUGGGACACGGACAUUUUCGGAGGUUAUCCUCGCAAGAGGCUAGUGAAGUCAGAAAGCAGUGACUCCCUCUGUUCUCAGAGCAGUGGCAGCAGUGGGCCACACCCUGCCAUUAGGUCUCUACGACAACAGCCGGGCAGAUCCCACUCCACCUCCUCCUCCAAUAGCCCUUCUGCCUCUUCAACAGCAAGACGGACAUCCUCAGGUUUGGUGACUCUUCCCUCUGCUGACAAACCUAAACCUCAACAGCAGAAAACACAUCAUGGAGAAACAGAGGACAAAUCUGCCAAAGAGUCACGCUCCCAGAAACACAACAGAAUGCUGCUUGAUGUAGUAGCUAAAACCCUCAAACACCACGGGAUCACUGCCGAGCACGAGUGCUUUGAGGCCUGCAGCAAAAGACUGUUUGAUAUCUCGAAAUUCUAUCUCAAGGAUCUGAAGACAUCUCGGGGUUUGCAUGAUGAGAUGAAGAAGGCAGCCAGCAGCAACGUUAAACAGGUCACUGACUGGGUGUUGGAGAAGACCUCAAAGAAGUAAAGAUGGCCUUGAAGACUUGCAUUGAGAGGCUAGGAGGGCUUCCAUGUUGGCUUCAGGUCUUUGUAGCUGUUUUCAAGCAGAAGUUAAAAUCCUUUCCCACUUUUUCAACAAUUUUAUGGCUUUGUGAAUGUACAUAAUUUAUCUUUACAUUUUACUGUUUGUAACACAAUAAAGUGUUUUUUAAUCUUA